UGUAAACAGUAAGCCAGGAACAUCCCCCCACCAAAAAAAAAGGACUACCAUUAUGGAAUAGUGGACAUAGUUUUAAUCUUACCCAAGUAAGAUAAAAUCGGGCCCCAAAUAGAGAAGAAUCUUUUCUAAUUGUUUAAAUUGAGACAGAUCGGUUAACCAUAAGGACAAUCUGGGAGGGUUUGCUGGUUUCCAGUGGGCCAGCUCCCUUUUACUGAGUCUCAAGGAGGCUGGCACCCCGUUAUGGGACCUGAUACAGUGUUUAUUACCAUAUUCUUCUUGCAGUCAAUCUGAACAGCCUUAUAAACUCCUCUCUUGGGGCACGGGACCAUUAAAUGCAUCUGUGAUAGCAGCAGGUGACAUGGGCCAGUUUCGAUAUCACAGGAUGUCUGUGACGCUGAACAGGAAGUGACGUAUUGCGCUCCAUGUGGCCUGGAAGGCAGGAAUGUGGAGGCAGGAAGUGCGGUGUCAAAACGUGCAGCUCUCGUCCUGUGAUCAGAGCGCUCUGGACUUCUGCUUUCACUCUUCAUCAUGGUGGCCCACUGUGAUGAAGCCAAGGACACUGUGCUGGGGCCCAAAAGUCACCCCUCCGCAGAGCAGGUCCACAACGGGGAGUUGGUUGGCCACCAGGGCGGCGCCUCAUCCAAGCAGGACAGGAGCGCCCCCGAGAACAGCACCGACCGCCCCGAGGGCCUUCCGGAUCCGAGCUCCUCUAGGAGGGGCCGCCCAGACUCCUCCGUGGAGAACGGACUGCUGGGCCUCAUGGACGAGCGCGAGCAGGAUGCGGAGCGGGACAGGGAGCAGGCUCCUCCCACACCUCGCAAGAGGCGCGGCAGGCGGAAACUUGAGCACCCAGAGAAACAUGUGGAGAUGAGGGAAGAGGUCAGCGGUGGUGCAGGCCAGAUGGAGCGGGGAGAUCGGGCGAAGCUUCGAGGGGCGCUGGGCUGGGAAGUCAGCCUUCGUCAGAAUCCUAUGCAGAGAAUUGCCUUCCAGGCCGGCGACCCUUAUUACAUUAGCAAGAGGAAGAGAGAUGAGUGGCUGGCCAAGUGGAAGUUGGAGGCAGAGAAGAAGGCCCAACGCAUUGCUGUGAUGAACAUGAUGGAGGAGUGUGCUGGCUCACAGCUUCAGAGGGAAGAAGAGAUGACCCCAGUGGAGAGCAGCCCCCCUCUCCCUCCCCCUCCCACUCCCCCGCAGCAACAGCCCACAGACCCUGCCUCCCCCACCGUGGCAACCACCCCGGAACCUGUCCCUGUCGGGAGCGGGGACAAGGGCCCACCCAAAACCAUCGACACAGAGCCGGAAUACGAGGAUGGGCGUGGCUUCGGGAUUGGCGAGCUGGUCUGGGGGAAGCUGCGCGGGUUCUCCUGGUGGCCCGGCUACAUCGUGUCCUGGGUGGCAACAGGUCGAAGUCGGGCCGCAGAGGGAACCAGAUGGGUCAAGUGGUUCGGUGACGGGAAAUUCUCCGUGGUUUGCUUGGAGAAGUUGUUGCCAUUAAGCUCCUUUUCAAAUGCGUUUCACCAACCCACCUACAGCAAGCAACCCAUGUACAAGAAAGCGAUCUACGAAGUCCUGCAGGUGGCCAGUUCUCGAGCUGGCAAGAUCUUCCCUGCCUGCCCAGACAGUGACGAAGGUGACACAUCCAAGUCUGUGGACCUGCAGAACAAGCAGAUGAUUGACUGGGCCAUGACUGGCUUCCAACCCACUGGGCCCAAGGGCCUGGAGCCUCCCCAAGAAGAACGCAACAAAGAAGUUUACCAUGAGAUGUGGAUAGAGCCUGAGGCUGCCUCUUACACCCCGCCCCCUCCAGCCAAAAAGCCCCGUAAGAGCACAACGGAAAAACCCAAGAUCAAGGAAAUUGUCGACGAGGGGACUCGAGAGAGACUUGUGUAUGAAGUGCGGCAAAAAUGCAGGAACAUUGAAGACAUUUGCAUCUCUUGUGGAAGCCUGAGCGUUUCACUGGAACACCCACUCUUCAUCGGCGGCAUGUGCCAAAGCUGCAAGAACUGUUUCCUGGAAUGUGCAUACCAGUACGAUGACGACGGCUACCAGUCCUACUGCACGAUCUGCUGUGGCGGCCGCGAGGUGCUCAUGUGUGGAAACAACAAUUGCUGUCGGUGUUUCUGUGUGGAGUGUGUGGACCUUCUGGUGGGACCAGGCGCGGCCCAGGCGGCCAUCAAAGAGGACCCGUGGAAUUGCUACAUGUGUGGCCACAAGAACAUCUAUGGGCUGCUGAGGAGGCGCGACGACUGGCCCUGUCGCCUGCAGCACUUCUUCGCUAACAACCAUGACCAGGACUUCGAACCACCAAAGCUUUACCCACCAGUUGCCGCUGAAAAGAGACAACCUAUUCGUGUCCUCUCGCUGUUUGACGGCAUAGCAACUGGACUGCUGGUGCUAAAGGAGCUGGGGAUUCAGGUGAAGAGGUACAUCGCCUCUGAGGUGUGUGAGGACUCCAUCACUGUGGGCAUCGUGCGGCACCAAGGCCGCAUCAUGUACGUGGGGGACGUGCGGAACGUCACCCGAAAGAACAUUCAGGAAUGGGGCCCCUUUGACUUGGUAAUUGGUGGAAGCCCAUGUAAUGACCUCUCCAUCGUCAAUCCUGCAAGGAAGGGGCUCUAUGAGGGCACAGGACGUUUGUUCUUCGAGUUCUACCGGCUACUCCAUGAGGCCCGUCCAAAGCCAGACGACAACCGGCCCUUCUUUUGGCUUUUUGAGAACGUAGUUGCCAUGGGCGUCAGCGAUAAGAGGGAUAUCUCUCGCUUUCUGGAGUGUAACCCGGUGAUGAUUGACGCUAAGGACGUGUCAGCUGCUCACCGCGCCCGUUACUUCUGGGGUAACCUUCCUGGCAUGAACAGGCCGCUGACAGCCAUGACGAAUGACAAGCUGGACCUGCAAGAGUGCCUGGAGCAUGGGCGGACAGCCAAGUUCGGCAAAGUGAGAACCAUCACCACUCGGUCUAAUUCUGUCAAGCAGGGCAAAGACCAGCAUUACCCUGUGUACAUGAACGAAAAGGAGGACAUUCUGUGGUGCUCUGAGAUGGAGAGGGUGUUCGGCUUCCCUGUCCACUACACAGACGUGUCCAACAUGAGCCGACUGGCCAGGCAGCGACUCCUGGGACGGUCCUGGAGCGUGCCUGUCAUCCGCCACCUGUUUGCACCGCUCAAAGAGUACUUCGCCUGCGAGUAGACCGAGCCGCAGCACCCCGCCCAGCAACACAGCAACAUACACAAGAACUGAUAUUUAACAAACAAAUUCAUAAGCGAUUAUUGAAAUGCAUUUAAAGUUAGAUGUUUUACGUUAUUUCUUGAAAUUAAAAUGCCAUUCUUUUAUUCUAUUUAAUUUUUUUUAUGUCAUUUUAAUUUUUAGCAAUGUUAUCUAGUAAUUUUUUUAUAUUGAUCUCUGUGAGCAACCUGUACAGGGAGGCUUUCUAUUAACAGCACUGGGAAAUGGUACAUUUGGAACAACGGAAAAUUAAUGAUCUCUCUUAAGAUGCGUAUAUGUACUGCAUGGUAUAUUGAGUAUAUAUAUGUGUGUGUUAACUGGGCAGUCAUUACAGCAUGGUGGUGGCGGAUCAGAUCAGGGCCCGGCAUGAAGGGGGGGGGGGUCCUUCGGCAACACUCACACUUCAGCUACUGAGCCGUCACUGAGAGAGUUACAAGCCUACAGUGGGGGCGUGGUCUCCUCUCCAUCUGUAGGGGACCCUCGGACUGAGACGCGAACAGCCCAGCCCACUUAGUGCUUGUUUACAGCUCAUCAACAGAAACAAGGUACUACUGCACAGCGGUCACUACGUUAUGGUGCUUCAGGUGAUGAAAAACAUCUCUCUCAUGUGGCCUUAUGAUUCAGGCAGACAGGGAUACAGGUAUUAAGUAGCCAGGGAUCUUUUGGCUUUCUUGGUCUUUUGUAUUUCUUUUUGUUGUUUUUAUUUUUACGGCGUGACUUCCACAAAUAAAGAAAAAAAAGGCAAUGCAAUACUUACAGUGGCUGAGAGAGGUCCCCGGUCCCCGUCGCGGUGGCGGUGGUGGGUGGGGGGGGGACGGAAGGCCGUGCGGCGGCCGGCAGGGCGCUGACGCAGCCGUGUUUUUUAUCUACCACAGCUUUUGUACACAAACUUACUGGUGCUCUCUCCAAACCCUUUGGCCUUGUUCUUCUCAGGCCUCAUUGCCUGUGGCAGCACAAAACCGGGAAAAAAAAAACACAAUAAAUCUAAGCCAGCCGAGUGAGCGGUGAUGUUUUUUGUCAUCCAAAACGUUUGAGAUCACAGACUGUGGUGAACUACUUUUCUAGUUACAACCAGGACAUUGUCAUUUUACUGUACAACUGUGUGGGGGCCAGGGGCCACAGGCAGGCGCGUUACAGCUGGCUCCCCAGAAGCCCUUGUGGCCCCAUGCCCACACAAUCUAUUCAGUCAGGUGCAAAUCUGUAACGUUAUGGUGCAGCUCCCUCCACAUUGCCCUUCAGCUUUUUAUACCCCUUAUAACUCAUUCUCCCAUGUCUGCGCUUUCGUUUUUUCCUUCGUUUUCCGUUAUCAUAUUUUCGUCCUCCCUUUCUUUUUUAAAUGUGUGCUCAUUUCUCGUUUUCGCUUUAUGAUGUGAACUGUACGAAUCGCAGUACUUGACCAUUCUAGGGCUGUGCCAACAGGUCUGAAAGACCGGGCGUGUAUUCUGAGCGAUGGAGGCUUUUCAAUGUAUCCAUCUGCCUGAAAGGAGCGAUACACGUAAGCUCCCGCCUCGGUUUAUCCCUCCGUUUUACUAUGGGAGGUGGGGUGAGAAUGUCACCGUGUUACGCUUUCGUGGGACGCGGCCUACGAUUUAAUAUGUGAACUGCACACCUCUGUGAAAUCAGGUGGGAUUGUGCUCCCCCCCUGACUCCGCGUCCCCUGCAUACCGUCGAGAUGGUUCACUGUUCACUGGCCGAUCCCUGCUCCCAGGGCGGUUAGCUAAGGUGCUUCGCUGACUUCAGCAAAGAAAAGGGAAAAAGGUGCAUUAACUUUAGUCACAUUUUCCUUUGAGUCUAACUUAACGGGAAACUACUUAUAUUUUACCAAGCAAAUGUGAUAAUCCCAGCCACACGUCAAUGGAUGAUACUGUAAUAGCCGCCAUUGCACUGGAUAUAUGUCACCCCUUACAGUUUUUGAUAACAAAACUCCAGACGAUCCCCUCUCCUUCAGUUCAACUGAAAUAGGUAAUAACAAUGCCUGCAUUUUACUGUACAUACUUUGCCUGGUGCUUAUUUUUUUGGUCAUGUCUUUUUGAAUUGCCUAUGGGAUGUACAAAUAUGAUUCUUUGCUAAUAUAUAUCAUGAAAUUAGUAACGCUCCGAUGAGGGGGAUGCAAGAGAGCUGGUGAAUCUGUGUGAAAAUAAGCUACAAUGCAGCUGGCUUCCGAGGGUCUCCAAGCGCGACUACCGCGUGUAUUUAUGAACCAUUUGCCUGUGUGUUACGUAAGCGGCCAGUGCAGACCCGACGAUGCGCCUAUUAGCAUCUCCACAGCUUUAAGAAGGAAAAGGCUCAGCUCUGGCACGCAGCCCUACAUGCGCUAUUCAGUUAUUCGUUUUUUGUUUUUUUGCAUUUUCUUUUAUAAAAAACAAAACAUAAAAAGAGGGACUGCGGGUGUUUCAUAAGGUGCUACACAAUUUUAUCUAAUAAAAGAAAAAUAUAUUGUUAGGAAAAAAAAUCAACUUGUCUUGACAAUGACUGUUUUUAAGUUCUCGUUGUAUGAAAAAGCACUAUUAUUUUACUCUUGUACAAAUAUAUUAACAAAGGCAUUUUAACUUUGUACUUGAAAAAAAUAAAAUAAAAAAAUGAAAAUGGACAGAUUGAUGUGUUUAGCCUAGACCUUGCUGUAGUUGGUGCUUAUCUGUGGGAAAUCAUGUAUUCAUAUUGGAGAUUAGAGAGACCUUUGGUAAUAACUUUUACUGUUACAUAUUGUAUUUGCUCAUUGCCUGGCGGCAAACGCUCCUGUGCUCUCCAUUCCAUACAGCCAGACCCUCCGUACUUUAUAAUGUUUGUUUUACUUUCAUCGGACUGAAAUUUCUACUGUCGCUUUGAUAUUUAUUGACAACAAUAAUGUACAUUUCACAGACUUACAGGUCAACUCUCUGUAUAUCUCUCAGUGAUACUAUUGUACUCCUGUGUAACUAUUUUUCGUGACAUAGCUGUUGAUGGAUUAUAAUAUAAAGGUCAGUGCGUGCCUCCAUGUAGCAGUCACACUCGCUCCACCUUCGUCCCGUUUUUUCAGUGCCCAGAAAGAAGAAAAAGACCCCUUUCUUAUGUACUUGUGCUGGAGAACACUUGAAUAAAUGUACUGUUUUUGUGCAAA